GUUAGCUAGCAGUUAUUUAUCCGAUCUUCGUUUUAUUGCCUAGGUAACCAGGUUGGGUUUACUGGAUGUAACUGAAUUAUAGACAAACGAGGUUAAUCAGCUAGGGAAACAUUCUCUGCAUCCAAUGUCGCUGCAGUUCAUUUGCCGAAUCUUACAUAAGAAAGUUGGUUUGCGUUAGCCACCUAGCUGUAAUGCUAAGACAGGAUAACUAGCUGGCCAGUCAAGGUGAAAGAGAGCUAAGAAAAAGUCAUAAUUCGCCGUGUCCAACUUUUUGCCGAUUAACGCUAUCUUACGUCUUUUUCUGUCUGAUCUGACAGUUCAUCACAGUGCAUGACCAGCUAAAGUGGCAAGAAAGCAGCCGGAUAACUAACCUAGGUUGUUGCGAUGGCUAUGAAAAGUGUGAGCCGAGUGGAGGUAGAGACGGAAGUCGAGGAGGAGAGUUUUGGACCCCAGCCUCUGAGCCGCCUGGAGCAGUGUGGUAUCAGUGGCAGUGACCUGAAGAAGCUGGAGGAGGCAGGCUUCCACACCAUUGAGGCCGUGGCCUAUGCACCCAGAAAGGAGCUCCUUAACAUCAAGGGCAUCAGCGAGGCGAAAGCUGAUAAAAUCCUGGGGGAGGCUGCCAAGUUGGUUCCCAUGGGGUUCACAACGGCAACAGAGUUCCACCAGCGCAGAGCUGAGAUCAUCCAGAUCACCACGGGCUCCAAAGAGUUGGAUAAGCUUCUGCAGGGUGGUAUUGAGACAGGCUCCAUCACAGAGAUGUUCGGGGAGUUCCGCACGGGGAAGACGCAGUUGUGCCACACGCUGGCGGUCACCUGUCAGCUGCCCAUUGACCAGGGAGGAGGGGAGGGCAAAGCCAUGUACAUCGACACCGAGGGCACCUUCCGGCCCGAGAGGCUUCUGGCUGUAGCUGAGAGGUACGGGCUGGUGGGCACUGACGUUCUGGAUAAUGUCGCAUAUGCUCGCGCCUUCAACACAGACCAUCAGACUCAGCUGCUCUACCAGGCGUCGGCUAUGAUGGCAGAGUCCAGGUAUGCUUUGCUCAUAGUGGACAGUGCCACUGCACUGUACAGGACGGAUUAUUCCGGAAGAGGGGAGCUCUCGGCCCGUCAGUGCCACCUUGGCCGCUUCCUCCGCAUGCUGCUGCGUCUUGCUGAUGAGUUUGGCGUGGCUGUCGUCAUCACCAAUCAGGUUGUAGCUCAGGUGGAUGGUGCUGCCAUGUUCUCUGCAGACCCCAAGAAACCCAUUGGAGGAAACAUUUUAGCACACGCCUCCACAACCAGGCUGUACUUACGGAAGGGCCGAGGUGAGACCAGAAUCUGUAAGAUCUACGACUCCCCCUGCUUGCCUGAGGCAGAAGCCAUGUUCGCCAUCAACGCGGAUGGAGUUGGAGAUGCUAAAGACUGAGAGACACCUAGAAAGGGCGCACACCGUGUGGACUCAUAAAGGAGACCCAGUACUACCUACACUAACGCACACGGCCAUCAGUACAAACGCCAACGCUAUCUCGGGAGGAAGGGGCCCAUGUUUGAGAAGAAUAGAUCCGAGGGUGUGAUGGCAGUGUUCUGCUGAACCUGUGGCUGACCUGACUGCUUAUAGCACCACUCUGGGGCUAUGUCAGGGGCUGUGAAAUGCAGCCCGAAAGCUCACAAACUCCUCGAUCUUUCCCUUUGUUUCCCUGCGGUUAGAAUCAAAUGUCAGAAUAAUGUCAGUGUAAUACUGCACACCUUUGUUAUUUAUUCAUUUUCUUUACACCUGUAUUCAGUUACAUUACAUUCAGUGACCCCAGAGCAGCUGGUCUCGAGUUCAUAUACUCUCUGCGAGAUGUCUGAUGAACAUGUCCGUUGAAACAGAUUCCUCUCCCUCUCUCGCUCACGCACACACACACACAGGCAUAUUCAUUUAGUGUGAUCUGGACUUGCACUGUUCGUUUCAUUUAACAUGGAAGCUGGUUCUCAGGUGCCUCGUUCAGAUGUGUUUGAGUAGACAGUGGAAACCAUGCUGUGGCUCUGGCGCCCCCCACCACCGCAGACUAAACAAAUUGUUGUGCUACAGGAUUAUUGCCCAAGAUAUUUUAUUAUUCCUUUUUGGUGUGAUGUAAUUGGGUUAUUAGUGGUGGGGAAAAAAAAGAUUAUUUUUGUUUUUCCUGUUUGUGUUUGUGUUUUGGUGACCUUGGAACUGUAACCAUUUUUGUACAGAGAAUACUUUGAAUUAAAUGUUCUGUUAUUGGUCACACUGCUCAUUUAAUAAUUCACCAAUUACAUUUUUGCUUCUUAAAAUUUAAGUCAGAAAUAUCAGAGUUUGCAUCUUUUGUGACUAUUAAAAAUUAAACUGCUGGA